CAAAUCCUCUCUGAGAGGCGUCACUGGUUCGAACCUCUGCUCUGUUUUCCAUCAAUUUUUUUUUUCGUCUUCCUCUCCAACCAACCAAAACUCCAUGGACAAAAACGAGUCCUCUGCUCCUCGCCGGAAGGGAAGGUUCAAGCCCAAAGCUCAACCCAGAAAGCCCAAACCCACUGUGCUGACAACUGAGGUUGAAGAUGCUGAGAAAGAAGAAAGAGAAGCCAAGGCUCUGCUGCGAAAGUUCCAGGAGAAACAGGCUAGACGUGCGCCUAAAGCUGAGAAAAAAUCUACUGUGCAAGUAGCAUUUGGUCCAGGAGCUGCAUCCUCAAGCUCCUUGAGGACAUAUGGGGUACCGAAGGUAGAAAAUCUUGAUCAAGGGAGCAGCUUGGGAGUGAAAGGCUCUGACAAUGAUCAAAUUCUGUCACCUUCACCUUUGGCUACCAGUGGAGCUGGAACUGAUGCACCUAUGGAUAUUGAUAUUGCGGAUGCAUCAAUUUCAAAUGUCAAGAAUCAAUAUAUAGAGAUUUGGGAUUAUGAGAACAGCAAAUAUCCUACUACUCUUCCGCUGAGGAAGCCAUACUCUGGAGACCCAGACAUUCUUAAUGAGAAGGAAUUUGUUGAGGAUGCUGCAAAGGAGUAUGAUGAGAGUACUAUAAAUUGUGCUUCAGAACUCGGGCUGCUGGAGCAAAAUGCGAAAGAGAAGUUGCUCUUUGUUCAGCUGCCUCCUACUCUACCAUUGGUCAAGCGACCUACUAGUGCAAAGGGGAAAGAGAGAGUCGGAAGCUCAGCACCAUCAGAGAAGGUAGGGGCUGCAAAUAAGGGCGGUAGUUUGGAAGAGUUAUCUGAGGGGUAUAUGGGGAAGAUGCUGGUUUACAAGAGUGGAGCAGUCAAGUUCAAGCUAGGAGAUGCACUGUAUGAUGUUUCACCCGGUUCAGAUUGUAUAUUUGCUCAAGAUGUUGCUGCAAUCAACACUGCAGCGAGAAAGUGUUGUGUUCUUGGAGAGCUUGGCCAGCGAGUUGUUAUAACUCCAGAUGUGGAUUCCCUACUAGACGCAACGAUUGAGUUGGACUAAACGCAGCGAUAUUACCUCAUUCACAAAGUGAGGCUUAGCUAGUAGGAGAUUGUGCACAUGAGAAACCUGGUAUUGGUAGAUAUGUAAAGACACUGUGCUACUGUGCUGAGUGGGAUGUAAAGAGUCAUAACCAGUAGUGUAGAUUAAGAAUUGGUAGGUAAUAUCUGAUCUAAUAUGCUUUUUACCCAACUGUUCUGGGAACAUAGAAGGCUAUUAUUGGUCUUUAGGGAUGACAAUAUUUCUUGUUGUACUGUUAUCAUUAGAAUGACUUCAUUAGAUGAGUAA